CUUCUAAGGGUAAACAAGAUGGCAGCGCACAGGAAAAUAAAACAUACAAUAUACAAUGACAGCACCAUUACAUUCGCUUUAUUUGUUAAUCUUGAAUCUUGUAAAAAUAUAAGAAAAUGCGUGAUGAAUGGAACUGUGGAAGCAUCUCUUUUAAAAUCAUCAAUGGUUAGUUUUGAAUCUCUUAACUGCUUUUAUGUUCACUCUUGGUAUAUCAUAUCAGUUUUUGACAAUUCACUGAAAUUGAGUCACUUGACUGUUGAGUUGAGUUGAGUCAGUUAGUUAAACUUGGUCAUUGGUAGGCUACAAUUUGAACAGUAACAGACUUAAACUUGUGUGUUGUUGAUGGUAUUGUUGUUUUGCCUUUUAUUUUCAACUUUGAGCAUAAUAAUAAAUUAUGGCUGCGACUAUUCUUCGCACCGGCACCUGGGUAUCAGAAGUGAGAGGUUGGAAUUAAACACAAACUAUUUAAAAUAUUAUUGUUGGGUUUGUAAGACUAGAAGCUAUGCCUACUCGGGUCCCUUUAGACUAAAUCCCAUGUCAUUUGUGGUAGUUUAUUUUAGUUUAAAUGAAGAAGUAAGUAAACAUUUUCACUUACAAACCUAACAAUUAUAUUUUAAAUAGUUUUUUAAUCCCAACCUCUCACUUCUGAUACCCGGGUGCGAAUAGCCUCUUCAAUAAAUCAUACAUCUGCCAAAUACUUAAAGCUAACAUCUUGAUUCAUCUAUUGAUAAUCAUUUGAUUUUUUUUUCGAGGUUAAAAGUUAAAGUUAAAGCUUUGAAAAUUGAAGUUAAAUUAAAUAAGUACACUUGACUUUACUGAUCAAUAACUUUUUUGUUAAAAACGGUCUAAUAAAAAAAAAAUAUAGCCUUCUUAAAUUUAUAAUUUCAUUUAUAACAUUACAUAUCCAAAAUUCAAGACUAUAGACAGGUGUCAAAAACAAAAAUCAAAGAGUAGAGGUUACUUUUUUAGGCAACGGGGGGGGGGGCAUGUAAUUUGUCAUCAUGGCAACCAUGCUUGUCUUGGUAUUAGCAAUUAUCGAUAUCAGCUUUGGGGUAGUUAAUAAAUCAUUAAAUUUAAAUUGGUUAAACAGAAUAUAAUGAGAAAAAAAUACUGGUAACUAAUAAUAAAAAUAGAUAAAUAAAAAAUAAAUAAUUAUUAUUGGCUUAUGAAAUAUCAGGGGUUUUCAUUUUAGGGUUGGUAGCCAUGGACAUGAGAUUGAUAACUACUUGUCUUUGACUUAGAUAAGCCAAAAUAAAAAUAUUAUAAUAGUAAUAAUACUAUUAUUAGUACUAUAAAUGAUUUGGGGAGAGUGAUAGAUGGCCUUUAAAUUACAACUAAUAUAUUUAGAUUACCAUUUUAUUUAAAUAUAUGUGUACAUAAAGAAUAUUAUUAAUAUUAUUUUGGGGAAAUUGAAUAAAUUUAUUUAUACAAAUUUAAUUGAUUAAAUACAAAUAAGUAUCAAGUUAGCAUAUUUUAUACAUUUUGGUAAAAUUAUAGGCAUUGAAGAAUUUUUUGGGGAAUAUUAACAGUAACUAAAUUUAAAAUUUGUGGUUUUAUUUGUAAAACUCAUAUUGAACUAUAUUCCCUGAAAAAAUAUUUUUAUCUCAUUUAAUAAUAAAGUUAAGGCGUCAAAAGCAAAAGCAAAAUUUGGGUCACAAAUUGUGGAGGAAAACUUCAUGGUAAAAAAUUUGUCUUUUUACUUUAAAAAUUCAUAACUUUUGAACCACUUGUGAUAAAAAGUUGUUCUUGAUGUUACUGUAAUCUGUUCUCUAGGCUCUAUAAAGCUGAAGUAUUUUUUUAUAUUUUUUAAAAUGUUUAGAAAUUUUUAACAAAGUGUCUACUUAGAGUCAAGUGACUCAACUAUUUGACUUGUAUUCUUAAUUCUAUUUAUUUGUUAAUAUUUAAAUAGCAAAAUUAAUGAAUAACCAGACCAAAUGCCUAAUGCCUAAAAAUAAAAUUUUAAAUUGCCAAAAAUAAUUUUUAAAUAUUACAGUUGCCUAGAGCAAAUUUCAAAUAAAAAAAUUAAACAAUAAUCAAAUUUCUAGCUUUAGACUUUAGGGACUUAAGUACUUUUUGAGCUAUGAAUUUUCAAAGUUUGCUGCAUUACUUGACUUCAAAAUUGUGUGAACCAAUGCUGCUAAUCGCAUCACAAGCUAUAACUCUUGUUACAAUGAUAAUUUUAGAAAACUUUAUUUUCAGGAUUAACUCUUUCCAUGCCACGGGGGUUUGCUCAUUUGUGCCAAACCAGUUUUCAGCCAAUGGAAAUUUAUUAAGUUGCCCUUAUCUAUUAAUGAAUUUUGACUAUUUUCUUUAGCAAGAUGGCUUUACUUCAUAUCAAUACUACUGAAAUUAUUUUGACGAUAUAUCAUUGAUUGGCACAAACGCGGCAAGUAUUUAUUUAUUUAUGUAGUUGAUCGGCAUGGAAAGAGUUAAAACACUAUUAAAAGUAACAAUAUUAUGCAAUUAUAAAUGAUUGUAACCUAUCAAGCUAUAUAACAAUAAUGCAUUAUAAGUAAAUUUAAAAUAUAUGACAUGGUUGUUUUCUUUACCAAGUCCAAAGGUAAUAAUCGAGACAAAGUAUGGGGAAAACCUGAAAAAGGAAGCAACAAAAUAACGAAUGUGUGAGCAAGAAGCCUUCUUUAGCGAACAAAUCAGUUAAAACAUUUUAAAAUAAAAAUAAAUUCUCCGCUGCAAUAUAGUAUCCGAGAUAUUCUGCCUAUAAUUUUAAACUUUGUUUCAUAGUGUAUGUGCAUUAUAGUUUUGGCUUGUGAGCAUGCCACAAGUCUGCGGUACAACAUGAGGUGUCUACCUCGGAUUUUGAGACUGCACUUGGUGCACUAUGCUGAGGAGAGAUCCUUGAUCCAAUCGAUGCAAAGGCAUGUGCAACAAAUAUGAUGUAGAAUGAAUAAUAGCAGAGGAGAGAUCCUUGAUCCAAUGAAUGCAAAGGCAUGUGCAGCAAACAUGAUGUAGAAUGAAUAAAUAGCACAGGAAAUACAAGAAACACUGCUCACUGUCAAAUGGAUCCUUGGACAUAUUUUUAACAUGAGUAUAAAUAAAUUCAAAUGAACCAUAUUGAAUCACAAAACUCAAUGAUUUUCACCCUUUCAAAUCGAGGGAGGAACAUCUGCGUUUAUAAAUAUAUUUUGGGGUUAAUACCUUAACCCAUAAGCACAGGUUUAAAAAUAUAAAUUAGUUGUGAUAUUUUUAGUUUAUAUAUAAUUGUGAAGCCCUGCAAAAAUAUGAAACCAUUUAUAUUUUUAAUGUCACAACCUAAUCACUUUAUUUCAUACCUAUUUCAAAUUUAUGAGUGUGCAGCUGGUGCCCCUAACUCUUAAUUAAAGGUUAUUUCUUAAAGAAUUAAGUUGAACUAUAAUCAUGAAAAAUUGAAAUAUUAGUUUAAUUUUCUCUUGCAAUAUUCUCUGCAAAAUAAAGUCUUAUUUUUUUUUUUUUUUACAGAUCAUUGAUCCCUUUCAAGUGCUUGUAGCAGCAAAUAAAGCUGUUCAUUUGUAUAAAUCAAAUUCCAUGAUGACAAAAAAUGUACACUCUGAGAUUCUAUUCUGCUUAUCGCCAAGUAAAAAUGUGAGAUACUUUUUUUUUUUUUUAAAUUUCUUGUAUCUUUUAAUAGUGUUUUUCCUUUGUUUUUUAUUUUCCUUUUGUUUUUUGUUUUAAUUUUAUUAUUGAUUUCAGAUUCUAGAAUCAUUUAUAGCUUUUAUCAUUUGUAUAAAUCAAAUUCCAUGAUGACAAAAAAUGUAUAUUCUUAUAUUUUAUUCUGCUUAUCGCCAAGUAAAAAUGUGAGAUAUUUUUUUUUUUUUUUAAAUUUCUUGUAUCUGUAAAUAGUGUAUUUCCUUUGUUUUAUAAUUUCCUUUUGUUUUUUGUUUUAAUUUUAAUAUUGAUUUCAGAUUUCAGAAUCAUUUAGAGCUUUUGGGGCAGCCGAUAGUGAUACUAGUGUUUUUGUGGCAAUAGUAAAUGAUACAGAGGAUAAGACUCUAGCAAAGGUAUCUGAAAUCCUUGGGCACCAGCCAGUUCCUUUGGAAGGAGUAAGCAGUCUGGGAGAUAUUAAAUUAAUUACUAAGGUAAGAAUCUCUAAUAUAUAUUUUGGUUGUGGUGUGGCUGCUUCCAUUUUCCAACCACCCCUCCCCCUUGUCAACAUGUUUUAAUAGUACUGAGUGGAAAAAACAAACAAACUAUCAAGCAGGGAGCGUCAUGCGUGACGGUUGACCUCAAGUGAAAAGAUUGAAAUUUUUGUAGGUGACUACCAUAUAUAAAUCAAUAAAGAGCCAUGGGUAUGGUGUAGGACUGUCUGCAGGAUUAUUGUUCAAAGGCCGGCAGGGAGGGUGUAGGAAUGUCUAUAGGACUAUUGUUUAAAGGCCUGCAUGUAUUUAAAACCGAUUUAAAGACACAUCUAUUUCGCAAACACCUUCUGGGAUGAUUGUCAACCUCAUUUUCCAGUUAAUGCAUAAUGGCUGUGUUGCGUAUGGUUGAAAUGGCUAGAAAGACUUUGCCAUUGUAUGCUUGUAAUUAGUUUUUGUAGUGUUGCGUUUGUUUUAAAUGUGGUAAAUUAUAGAUUUGUUUUUUGUUGACUUUGUACCGCGCUUCGAGCCUUUGGGGAUGAAGCGUGUUUUUGAAAUGAACUUUAUUAUUAUUAUUUAUUAUUAUAGAAAAUGAGAAGUUAGCUCUUUUUUUUGUAACACUUGGACCUACCAGGUAUUCUCUCAAAAUGCCAGGACCCGAUGUAAUAAAACUGCUCCUGGUUAAGCCCUUGAAGCACAUUAUUUUCAUAAAAAGAUUCGUAUUAACUCACUACAAACCAAUGUUGCCAUCAUUCGGUGCUAGAUAUCCACUCAUGUUUUAUUAAAUAUUAGCUCUUGAUAAUAGCUGAUUGUGUUCUAUUUUUGGUUGCCAGAGUCCUUAAGUGGCAGGAUACAAUUCAUUAUUCACAUUGUAGACUCUUAAAAAUGUAACUACGCAUCUAUUUUAUGGCAGUAUUUUUCAAGCAGGCAAAAUUUGUAGGCUUUACAGGAUUAACAAAAGGUCAUAAUUGAUAAAUAAAAAGUGAAUAGUGAUAUUUAAAUGUAUGCAUAUAUAUUUUUUGCUUUGUAAUAUUUCUCAAAGCUGUCCCAAUACAUAAAGUCACCUAUUCUUGUAUUUAUCCUGUUAUUUUUGCAGGCAUAUAAACUAACUGAUGAAGAGUUGUCCCAUUUUCCAAUGUUAGAUGCUCUUGUUUCAAGGAUAGCUGCCAAAGAAAUUAUAACAGCAGGAAAAGGCAGAAUUUGAUUAGACUUAAUACAUUUAUAUACUAGCACAUUGAAUAAAAACUUUUUUUUUUCAAAGUUAUUUCUAGUGUGACAAUCAUUAUUUAUAAUUACAUUUCCGAUUCCUUCAUUAAUUCAUCAAUAGGGAGAAAAAAUUUAAACACCUUUAUCUUUUCUUCUCAGUUGUCUAUUGAAGGAAGAUAAGCUUGUGAAAUUUAAAUAAAUUUAAAUAUGCUUUGAACCUUGACAGAAAACAAGCAACUAUAACCACUAUAAUUUAAGUUUAAUGGAUGUCUUUGAAAAUUGCAGCUAAGGUGCUAUUUUUGUUGUAUUUUUGCAAAUUUUGUGUAAAUAUGAAAAUGAAAUAAUUUUCAUUUUUUUUUUUUACAUCAUCAUCAGUGGCGCUACAGCCUAUGUAGGGCUCUGGCCUGCUCCAAAACAUAUUUCCACUGAGAACCAUCGUCAUCAGUGGCGCUACAGCCCAUGUAGAGCCCUGGCCUGCUCCACCUCAUCCUUCCAUUCAGAUCAAUCCAUUGCUUUCCGCCUCUAUGCGCAGACCC